AUGUUGAUUCCCAAGGCUGAUCGCAAGAAGAUCCACGAGUACCUCUUCCGCGAGGGCGUGCUCGUGGCCCAGAAGGACUUCAACCUCCCCAAGCACCCCGACAUCGACACCAAGAACCUCUUCGUCAUCAAGGCCUGCCAGUCUCUCAACUCUCGGGGCUAUGUCAAGACUCAGUUCUCGUGGCAAUACUACUACUACACGCUGACCCCCGAGGGUCUCGACUACCUCCGCGAAUGGCUUCACCUCCCCGCCGAGAUCGUUCCUGCCACCCACAUCAAGCAGCAGCGGUCGCACGCCCCUCCCCGUGGCAUGCUCGGCGAGGGCGAGCGUGAGCGCAGGCCGUUUGGCCGUGGCCGUGGCGACCGCGGCGACCGCGAGGGCGGAUACCGAAGACGGGAUGCUGGCGAUGGCAAGGAGGGCGGUGCUCCGGGCGAGUUUGCUCCUCAAUUCCGUGGUGGCUUUGGCCGUGCUCGCGGAGCUCCCCCCUCAUAA